CGGUGUUCCCGCAGGGGGAUUUCACUCGCACCGGAGAGAGGAGACUGGCCGGCGUGAUGAAGGACGGAGUAAACUCCGCCAAUCGCUAUUACUUAAACCGCUUCAAGGAUGCGUACAGACAGGCGGUGAUAGAUCUGAUGCAGGGGGUCCCGGUGACCGAAGAUCUUUAUUCCAUAUUCACCAAGGAGAAGGAACACGAGGCGCUCCACCGACAGAGCCAGCGGAACCACCAGGAGCUCAUCAGCCAGCUGCUCCAGAACUACAUGCAGAUCCUCCUGCCGGACAGCGAGAAGUUCCACGGCGGCUGGGCGCUCAUUGACUGCGACCCCAGGUAUGACUGCGACCCCAG